AAUCAUUUCUGUUGUGUGCGAUGUUGUAAAUUGCCUUGCUGGUAAUUAGUAGAUUUGUUAGUAUGGCAGGGCUGCGGCAAACCGCUUUAACGUGCAGCGGUCACACUCGACCUGUUGUAGAUUUAUCUUUCAGUUCCAUUACACCGUCUGGGUUCUUCUUAAUUUCUGCUUGUAAAGAUGGCAAACCUAUGCUACGUCAUGGAGAUACUGGAGAUUGGAUUGGAACUUUUGUCGGUCACAAAGGAGCAGUCUGGGGUGUUGCUCUGAAUAAAGAUGCAUCUAAAGCAGCCUCUGGAUCAGCAGAUUUUGAAGCUAAGUUAUGGGAUGCAGUUUCUGGAGAAGAGCUUCACACUUUUUCCCACCCUCAUAUCGUGAAAAGCGUGCAUUUCAAUUCUGAUGAUUCCAAGCUUCUGACAGCUUCUAAUGAUAAAAAAGUUCGCAUUUUUAAUCUCAACAGACCAGAUGAAAAUGGUGAGUGUUUGCUCGGCCACACAUCUGCUGUGAAGAAAGCAUUAUUUCUUCAGGAUGAAAAGAAAAUUGUCAGUGCAGCUGAUGAUAAAUCUGUCAGGUUUUGGGACCAAACAUCUCUUCAAGAAAUCCAAAAGCUUGAAUUUGAAACCCAACCCAACAGCUUGGAAAUCUCUCAUAAUGGAAAUAUUUUAGUCAUUACUCAUGGACAUUCUGUUAGUUUUUGGGAUGUCAAUAACUUUGAAAAGUUGAAAGAAUAUAAUGUGCCAUCUCAAGUGAACAGUGCAUCUUUGCAUCCUGAUGAGUCAGUCUUUGUUUGUGGAGGUGAUGAUUUUAAGAUGUACAAGUUUGAUUAUGAAACAGGAACUGAAUUAGAAUCUUUUAAAGGACACUUUGGGCCUGUUCAUUGUGUUCAGUUCUCACCUGAUGGAGAACUGUAUGCGAGUGGAAGUGAGGAUGGGACUCUCCGUCUCUGGCAGACUAUAGUCGGUAAAACUUACGGACUGUGGAAAUGUGUGAUGCCUGGCGAUUUAACAGGAAAUGAUGUAGAUAUUAACUCCACAGAAGCUCCAACUGUGAAAGCAGAAGGAUAGAUUUUCAAUUUACUUAAAAAUGAAAUAUGUGGCACCAUGCAGCCAUGGUUUUACAAAAAAUA